AUGCCUAUUUCUCUUGCCGAUAUCGUGGCAGGUUUGCCAUCUGACGAAACUUCAUGGGGCCCUCCAACCACAGCAGAAACGCUUGUGGAGGGUGUACCGUACGCUCCAUAUUCAAAGGGCGACAAAUUAGGGCGGAUGGCGGACUGGACUACAGAAGGCAAAGAUAGAGACACUAGAAACAGACAUCAGAACAGAAACUAUAGAGAUCAACAAGUGUAUGGCGCUGGCACUUCGUCGCUUUUCGCCGUCCAAGUUGCGGAAGAUGAAUCUACCUUUUCGGUGGUAGACAAUAACAGAACAUCAGCUAAGCGUGUAUUUGGUCGCGGCGGUGCCCAGACACAAUUCAGAGGUCGCGGACGAGGGGCACGCGACGCUCGAGGUGGCCGUGCCAACUAUCAGAACGCAAGGGUAGGAGGACGGGGUGGCCAGCAAGGGUAUGGAUACGAUCAACGAGGAGGUCGAGGAGGCAGAGGUGGUCGAAGAUUUGGCUGGAAAGACUACGACAAGCCACAACGAAAUCGUGAUUCCUCUAUUACAAUCAAGCCAGAAUGGGCCAUGCUGGAAGAGAUCGAUUUUGCCAGGCUCCAGAAACUGAAUCUUGAUACUAGCGUCGGCGAGGAUAUCGAUACUUACGGCUUCCUCUAUUAUUACGACCGUACCUACGACAAGCCCCCCGUCAAGAAUACUGAGCGGAAACUCAAUGUCGUCGAUCGAGCUGCAUACAACGUCACCACAUCCUCUGAUCCCAUCAUUCAAGAACUGGCCGAUAAAGACGAAGCCACCAUCUUUGCCACGGACAACAUCCUCUCUAUGCUCAUGUGCGCCCCUCGCUCUGUCUACAGCUGGGAUUUGGUCAUCACCAAAAGCGGCAGUAAGAUCUACCUGGACAAGCGCGAUGGGUCCUCUCUUGACAUGGUGAGUGUGAACGAGAAUGCAGCCGAUGCUCCACUAGAAGCCAGCGAGGGAAACAAAGACAGCAUCAAUUUCCCCGGUGCGCUUGCCCUCGAGGCCACUUUCAUCAACCACAAUUUCGCGAACCAGACUGUCAUGGAGAGCGAGUCUUCGAAAGUGGAUAUGUCGCAUGAGAAUCCCUUCUAUAAUCCCUCAGAGGAGACAGAGCCAUUGGCGAGCAAGGCGUACAAGUAUCGCCGCUUCGAUUUGUCGCUUGAGAAAGAUGAGGAACCCUUGAAUUUAAUAGUGAGGACGGAGAUUGAUGCCGUUGUGAAGAACAAUAUCAGUGGAGAUGAUCAGAUGUUGACGUUAAAGGCCCUCAAUGAAUUUGAUCAUAAGGCGCAAGGAAGCGGUGGGGCAUUGGAUUGGAGGACGAAGCUAUCGAGUCAGAGGGGUGCGGUCGUUGCAACUGAGAUGAAAAACAACAGUUGCAAAUUGGCUCGUUGGACUACGCAGGCCAUUCUCGCCAAGGCCGACGCGAUGAAACUUGGAUUCGUAUCACGCAUCAACCCAAAAGCGCCCGAUCGCCAUGUCAUCCUCGGCGUCGUGGGCUAUGACCCGCGCAAGUUCGCUGAACAGAUGAACUUGAAUCUAGGAAAUGGAUGGGGUAUUGUAAGGACGAUCAUCGAUAUGGUGAGAUCGAUGAAGGAUGGACGAUACGUGCUGGUAAAGGAUCCGAAUAAGCAAUUGCUGAGAUUGUAUGAAGUACCUCAAGGUACCUUUGAGGAUGGUGAUGACGGAGAGGAAGCCCCUGAGCCUUCAACCGUGGAGGAAGAAGCUGAGGAGUAA